AUGUACCGCGCGCUGUACGCGUUCCGCUCGGCGGAGCCCAACGCGCUGGCGUUUGCCGCGGGCGAGACCUUUCUGGUGCUGGAGCGCAGCAGCGCGCACUGGUGGCUGGCGGCGCGGGCGCGCAGCGGUGAGACCGGCUACGUGCCGCCCGCCUACCUGCGCCGCCUGCAGGGCCUGGAGCAGGAUGUCCUCCAAGCCAUUGACCGGGCCAUUGAGGCUGUGCACAACGCUGCCAUGCGGGAUGGUGGCAAAUACAGCCUGGAGCAGCGCGGGAUCCUCCAGAAGUUGAUCCACCACCGGAAAGAGACCCUGUCCCGCAGAGGCCCCUCCGCCCCCAGCCCUGCAGCUAUGACCCCGUCCACCAGUGACCACCAUCUGGACGCCGCCGCCACCAGGCAGCCCAAUGGCAUGUGUCGAGCUGGGUUCGAGCGGCAGCACAGCCUGCCCAGUUCUGAGUAUCUCGGGGCAGACGGAGGCCUCUACCAGAUCCCGCCACAGCCUCGCCGAGCAGCACCCACCACGCCACCCCCACCUGUGAAGCGCCGAGACCGGGACGCCCUGGUAGUCUCCGGGAGUGGCAGCCACAGCACCACGCCCUCCGGGGGCAGUUCUGUGUCCAGUGGCGGCUCCGUCAGCAGCACCUCCCUUGACACGCUCUAUACCGGCUCCAGCUCAUCCGAGCCGGGCCCCAGCUGCUCACCCACGCCCCCGCCUGUGCCCCGCCGAGGCGUGCUUACUGCGGUGUCCCAGGCUCAGCCCCUUCCCUGCAAGGUGCCAGACCCAGAGCCCCCUACAGAGGAAGAGGCGGCGGCAGCAGCAGUGGAGACAGCCCCAGCCCCGGCCCCUGAUGAGCUGGAGGCCCUGGGGGCACUGAGCCUGGGGGCCACAGAGGAGAAGGUGGCGGCUGAGCUGGCCGUGCCCAGGACCAUCGGCGCAGAGCUGAUGGAGCUCGUGCGGAGGAACACCGGCCUGAGCCACGAGCUCUGCCGCGUGGCCAUUGGCGUCGUGGUGGGCCACAUCCAGGCCUCCGUGCCUGCCAGCUCACCUGUCAUGGAGCAGGUCCUCCUCUCGCUGGUGGAGGGCAAGGACCUGAGCACCGCCCUGCCCUCAGGGCAGGUCUGCCAUGACCAGCAGCGGCUGGAGGUGAUCUUUACAGACUUGGCCCGGCGGAAGGAUGAUGCCCAGCAGCGCAGCUGGGCCCUGUAUGAGGACGAGGGCGUCAUUCGCUGCUACCUGGAGGAGCUGCUGCACAUUCUGACGGACGCAGACCCUGAAGUUUGCAAGAAAAUGUGCAAGCGGAAUGAGUUCGAGUCUGUCCUGGCCUUGGUGGCCUACUACCAAAUGGAGCACCGGGUGUCGCUGCGGCUGCUGCUCCUCAAGUGCUUUGGCGCCAUGUGCAGCCUGGAUGCGGCCAUCAUCUCCACGCUUGUGUCGUCCGUGCUGCCCGUGGAGCUGGCGCGGGACAUGCAGACAGACACGCAGGACCACCAGAAGCUCUGUUACUCCGCCCUCAUCCUGGCCAUGGUCUUCUCCAUGGGCGAGGCAGUGCCCUACGCACACUAUGAGCACCUGGGCACACCCUUUGCCCAGUUCCUGCUGAGCAUCGUUGAGGACGGGCUGCCCUUGGAUACCACGGAGCAGCUGCCGGAUCUCUGUGUGAAUCUACUUCUGGCCCUCAACCUGCACCUGCCAGUCCCAGACCAGAACAUGAUCAUGGCCGCCCUGAGCAAACACGCCAACGUCAAGAUCUUCUCUGAGAAGCUGCUGUUGCUCCUGAAUAGAGGGGAUGACCCCGUGCGCAUCUUCAAGCACGAGCCGCAGCCGCCGCACUCCAUCCUCAAGUUCCUGCAGGACGUGUUCGCCAGCCCCGCCACGGCCUCCAUCUUCUACCACACGGACAUGAUGGCGCUCAUCGACAUCACCGUGCGACACAUCGCGGACCUGUCGCCCGGAGACAAGCUGCGCAUGGAGUACCUCUCCCUGAUGCAUGCCGUGGUCCGCUCCACACCCUACCUGCAGCAUCGCCACCGGCUCCCUGACCUGCAGGCCACUCUGCGACGCAUCCUGACCGAGGAGGAAGCCUCGCCCCAGUGCCAGAUGGACCGCAUGAUCGUCCAGGAGAUGUGCAAGGAGUUCCCGGUGUUGGGCGAGGCUCCCAGCUAG